UGCACUGAGCCUCUAAUAUCAGCGGCACUUCACCUCAGGAUGCUCAGGACGAACCUCACUGUUUAUUAACUGCACUUUACAAUUAUUUUAAACGUCUGUGGAAAGAGGGAUUUCAGGAGGUAAUCUUAUCAAAGGUGAAGGAAAACUAAAACCAUGUUCAAAAAAGAUCCAGAAAAGAUCAAUUUGGUGACAGAAAACGGUGCCAAAAUGUACACCAUCACGUCAGAAAAUAUUUCCUCAGGUGACAUGAAAAAUGGCAAACACUGUCACGACAACAGCCGUGCCCUGGAGGACCGAGAGCGAGAGAAAAAGCUUGCUAAGAAACGUCUGUACAUCGUUUCAGCGGUGUGUCUGGUGUUUAUGGUGGGCGAGAUAAUAGGGGGGUAUUUCGCUGGAAGUUUGGCGGUGAUGACGGACGCUGCGCACCUGCUCGUGGAUCUCACCAGCUUCAUCAUCAGUUUGGGUUCGCUGUGGUUGUCCUCCAGACCGGCGACGCGCACGCUAAAUUACGGCUGGCAUCGAGCAGAGAUCUUGGGCGCUCUGCUGUCGGUCGUCAGUAUUUGGCUGGUGACGGGCGUUCUGGUGUAUCUGGCGGUGGAAAGGCUCAUCAACGACGACUUCACUAUCGAGGGCACUGUGAUGCUCAUCACAUCCGGCUGUGCUGUACUGGCCAACAUCAUAAUGGCUCUCACUCUGCAUCAGUCGGGUCACGGCCACAGUCACGGCGGUCUGAGCGCUGGUCACGGCCACAGUCACGGCGGUCUGAGUGCCGGUCACGGUCACAGUCACGGGAAGGAAAACGGACACGGCCAGUCUAACGCUAAUCAUUGUGACGUUGAGGAGCAAGGGAUGGGGAAAAGACAGCAAGCAAAUGCCAGCGUAAGGGCAGCGUUUGUCCAUGUGAUUGGAGACCUUCUGCAGAGUGUCAGUGUGCUGGUCAGUGCCCUGCUCAUCUUCUUUAAGCCUGAAUAUAAAAUUGCAGAUCCCAUCUGCACCUUCCUGUUCUCUCUGUUUGUCCUGGGAACCACAUUCACCAUCAUGCGGGACAUUAUUAUCGUCUUAAUGGAAGGAUAA